UUGUUGUUAGUCCGUUGUUGUGGAGCUGGUGGAGUCGGAUUUGAAUCGCAGGAGAAGAAUGAAAAACUUCCGCCUCUUGCUGUCGUCUCUGCAUAUGAAAAUGUAAACAAAAUCCUUAAAAUGUCUUCACUAGAUCGAUUAGACGCUUUAAGGAAGCUGAACAAAGAUUUACUGAAGCAGUUGAAGCAGCAGAGAGAGAAACUGGAGCGACUGAGCGGCUACAGUCAGAGCCGCGAGAGGGAGAGGGAGACCGGGGCGGAGGUGAGGAGAGACCCCGGGCCGGAGGUGGGGAGAGACCCCGAGGUUCUGACUCUGACCGGAGGAGACCCCGGACCGGCCAGGGCCGCCCUCGCCAAACCUACUGUGAGGUUUGCAGGUUAGUAACUCACUCGGUGUUUCACAUAAAGCCAGAUGGGGUAUACUUUUGGUUCACGAAUACAGACAAAAGCUGUUGGAAAAGCUUUAAAGUGCUCUUGUUGUUCGUCUAUUCAUUAUACUCAAAACCCACCAGCUGCAACAUAAUGACACCAUGUGAAAUCUAAUGUACUUCAAUACAACAGCGCCCAACCUGAUCAUUCAGAAGCUUCCUGAAAGCAGGAUUUGUGGUUAAGUUGUUGUACUGGGUUGCCCAGGUGUUCAUAAAGUUGUCACUGCAGGUGUGUAUUAGAGUUGUUAUGAGUUGCUCAACACUUGAUGCUUAAAAGUCCAUCGACUGCAGCGGGGUGACGCAGCUCAAGGAAGAACAUUUAUGAUCAUGACUUUAUCAUUUCCAUGAAGUUAUAAUCAUCAUAUUAAUCAUUUUGCACCGCAGACACUGCAGUUCUUCUGCUUUAGCAUCUCGGUCGGAUUGCAUUUCCAUAAAGUAAUAAUCAUAAAUGUUCUUCCUUGAGCUGCGAAACUCCGCUGCACUCGGUGAUCAACUCGUCGGGGCUCCCCCACAAACAAGCUGCUGCUGAAGGAGAGUGGGUGAGUUGUGUUUAGUCUCUUUGCUAAAGAAAUCAGGCAAAGCUAAAAAGAUGUUUGAUGGCUGGGACCUUGUAUAUACUGUUGAUGAAGUUAGGUGCUGUUCUGAGCAUUAUUUGUGGCUAUAGAGUGGCGUUUUGGUUGAGGUUUGCGCAUGGAGACAUAGACUGCUGUGUAUUGUUAUCAUUUGGUCGUUACUUAAGUUGGUAUAAUAACUAGAGAAGCAAGCAGUCGGCAACAUUCAUUUAUGAAGGGGGUGUCUAACUCUGUGUUACGGUGUGUUUGACCCUAACUUAAUUUUACGCCGAAAUAUCCCUUUAACUCGAAGCCUGCUUGUUUGCAUAUGAUGUAAAGCCAACCCUGUACUCUGCGUAUCACCAUCAGAUGAAUGUGAAGUCCAGCACAAUAUUUUAACCCCAUCCGCGACCUCCAAAAACAGCGGAGGGACCACCAAACAUUCAACAGCAUCAGACUUUUUCACACAAAGUGACACACAUCCUGAAGCUCAACACGGCCUGCAGGAUUCAAGGCCAAGCAGAACCGAGUCCUGUCAAAGCGAGGAACAGGUAAGGAAAGACUCAUGUGGAGUUAAACAUUCAGUGCUACAUUUACCUUCAUAUCUCAUACAAGCAACAGUCCAAAAUAUGUGACUCAAAACAAUCUGAUAUAUGGAGAUGUAGACUCCUAAAUUGAACCUCUGAAAAAAGUAACAAGCGUAGUACAACAGGGACACAAAGUGGACAUAAGACCAUACCACAUUACGUUGCGUAUGGUAACACCCCUAGGAAACCACAUCUUCUGCUACCAGUGUUGCACUGAAUGAGUAUGGCAUAAACAAAAGAAAGUCUAACAUGAACUAUUAAUUAAUUAUUAAGAGCUUUACAGAGUAUUCAACUGCAGGUGCCUCUCCACAUUUUCUAGAUGAGAACCACAGAGGGCGCUGAUGAGCUUUAAUGAAAUUUUGUAAUGUUGACCACUGAGUUGAGAGCACUAUGAAAGCUAUGGCGCCUAGUUUGUAAGACAUAUUUUAUUUUGUCGAUGUUGUUGAUCUUUUCAUUGAACACAAAGUAAGCCUGUAAGGAAAACCGUUGUCAUGUCAGGGAUAAAACAUCUCAAAAAUGAUGUAACCUGCAAAAACACACAAAGUUGAUCUAUCCUGAUUCAUUAAGGCUUCAGACUUUAUACGUUUAUUUUGACUAACAAAACAAGAAACAGGUUUUCUUUCAAUAAAGAGUAAAAAUCUUACAUAUAAACAGCCCAACUCUUUUCAAACCCUGUGUGUAAUUUGUUAACCAGCAGCAAAAAAAGCUGGUCAGUCAUGUUACCCGCCAUGUGAUUUUUUUAAGAGGGAGGAUGGAGGUGGAAUCACGUUUCAGUCUGAUGACAGUGAGGAGGUAUCUGACUCAGACAGACAUCAUUUGCAGCCCUUACUGGGAUAUGAUUGGAUAGCAGGUAGGCUUUGUUACUCUCUUUCUUCUUGUCCUUGUUAUACUCAUGGUUUCAUUCAGCAGCUCUAGCAGGUGUUGUUUGUUCUCUUACAGGACUCCUGGAUGCCGAGGACUCCUGGAUCGAACGCUCUGAUGAAUUCUUCAAUGACCUGCGUGCUUUUCGAUCGCUCAAUAAAGACGAAUGUGUCCACAGCCCGGACGCAGAGUGAGUUUUUCUCACGAAGUUGCUCUUGUGACCAACUGAGUGUGUGUGUUUGUAAUCAUGAAGGAUCUUUUUUUGUCUCAGAUUGCUUCAAAAGGACUAUCCAGCCCUACCGCUGCUUACAGAAAAGGACGACCCAGAGGCUCACACAGACACUCAUCAGUGUAAGAGAGAUAGUUUAACAGGCCUCUCUCGUCUUUUCUUUUCCUGACAGCUCAAGUAGUCUUAUAUGUUCUCGCUCCCUUUUUUGUUCAGGUACGUUUUCUUACAGGAUAAAUAGCAGACUGUUCCCUGUCCCACUUCACUCUGAGGAGUGUUGCCCGGUGUGUAGAAAGCACAAGUCUUCUCACCCUCACACUGCAGCAGAGCCUGCUCUCGUCAGGUAAUAAUGAGCCUACGACUGGCACCAGGCGUCAGAUGAUGCUGGUGUUACUUCCUUGUCUGUAAUGGUUGCUGCAGCCUUACAGCGAUGGUGUUUGUUACUUAAAGCACAAAGCAGAUAAACUAUAAUUUUACUGAUUUGAAGCGUUUCAGUGAUAAUGUUUCAAUGAGGGAGUUUGACAAUCUGAGGAUAAAUAAUGAACCACCAGCCCAGCAUUACAACACAUGGCAUAAAAACUAUAAAAGCUGUCAAUUAUGCGACUACUUUAGUCACAACCUGAAUUUCAAAAUUGUUGAGAAUCAGAGUGAAAUACUGAUUUUGAAAAACAGAAUUUGAUGGCUUAAAUUUAACUGAAAAUAAAGAAAAGACUACCUACAAUAUGUUUAAAUUCUAUUUUCAUCAUUAUGGAUUCACACCACAUCGUUUACCACUGAAGGAGCAUUGUGACUGUCUCAUCAAGAAUCUCUUCCCCUUUUUUAUUUAGGGUCAGCAUUCCUCGCUCCACUAUCUUGCCUCCUCACAAAUACAAAGCUCAUCGCAGAUGCAGCUUUGACCCUUCAGACAGUUUGGGGUUACCAUCGGUGAGUGAGUACUUCCACAAUGAGAAAAUCAGUGACAACUUAACUGUGCUAUUUUUACUCUUUGAUUGUUACAUAUCCCGUAAAAGCCCUUUUUUAUUUUCUAUUUUUUAUUUGCACUUUUGCCUUUAUUGAUAGGAUAGUUUGGAAAUAUGGGGAGAUAGAGAGAGGGGGGAGGACAUGCAGCACAUGGUCGGGGCCAGACUUGAACCCGCCACCCAUACGUUGGGCGUGCCAAUCGCUCGGCCAUCUGCGCUCCCCACCUUUUUUUUAAAUUUUUCAAUAAAAACAGUGAUUGGUUUUCUGUCUGUAUUCCAGCACUGUCUGUCAGGCUGGUCAAACAAAGGUCAGAGCGUGCCGCCGCCACCCAGCAGCCUCGACCUGAGGAGCAGUCUGGAGAAGAAGAUCCCCAUGGAGGUGAGAUGCUGCACUUUUUAAAUGUUAUGCUAAAAAAUACAUUAAAAAAACUACUUUCUGUUUCAUUUGAACUUGUUAUGGGAGGAAAGCAAAGAGAAACAAACAACACCAACAAUGACUCUGUUCCUUUAAGUGUCCCACUGAGCAAUGACUGUACCAGCAUGUGCAAUAAUAGGGUUCUGGGAUUUCUUCCAAAUGCAGUGCAGUCAUUUUUGGAGUUUAUAAUUAAACCUGUUUUUUCCCAGCAGUGACGUAUCAAAAUCUCUAAAUGUAUUAAACCUCUGAACUUUAAUGGUGUGAUUUUCUCUCAGCCUAACCCGGAUACAGAAAAUAUGAACAUUAAUAAAAGUCAACACUGAAUUCUUAAAUUUUUAUAGGAAUUUCUUGCACCCAAAGAGUCCAGUAACAGAGUCUCAGACCAGACCUUGGAUGUGUCCCGCCUGGCUCGCCACAAAUUUCAACACUUCUCUCCAAAAAGAAAACUAAGAGGCUCCUCUUACUCUUUAAGCUGACAGCUCACCAGUGUUAUUUUUAAAUGUGUUACGGCAGUUCUUGGUGGUCUUCUAACACCUAAAAGGAUUUCCUUUUAUGUUUUUUUUUGUUGUAUUUUUGGAAAUGUGUUAUUUCCUGAUACAUCUGAAUGCUUGGUAUAAGACAAGUAAUGAUUUCAAUAGAGAAUGCUUGACUAUAAUAAAAUUUUGUAAGCGCCCAGUCUUGAAAGAUUUUUAAAUAUUAGAUUUUAUAUGCUAGAAAUACAUGAUGGACAUUUUUAAUAUUUUCUCUGUCUUACAAAAAGCAGAUUUAGUCAUCACACGUUAUCAUCAGCAGCCUCGUGCACAUGGAGCAAGAGAAUCAUUGUUUCGCCACAGUGCAGAGGACUUUCAACUUACAACACGAAGGAAGUCACAGUGAAUCAUCUCAGUUGCCCUCACACCAGUGCUUGUUUCCCUUUCCAGCUGUUUGCUUUGGCUCUGAAGUAUCGCAUACUUCUGUUUUCUACUUCCUUUGCUGCUUUUUUUUAAAACAGGACAGAAAACUCAGCUCAGCUAGACUCUGAGGCUACUGUCAGUACAGAGGUGUCUGUUCAUGUGAAACCACAAAAGAGUUACUGAUAAUAUAGCAGUCCCACCCAUGACACUGAAGUUUUCCACUUUGUGUUUUACAAUGUUAUUAAAUGUGAAGAUGUUUUUCACCAAAUUUAUCAGCGCACAUUUACUGAAAUGAUGUCAAUUAAAUGUUUUUUUGUUGCGAUUAAAGUUGAAGAGGAAGA